AUGUCGAAGCCAAACCCUAAUCCCCUGUUGAUCCCUCCAUCCCAAUCCCGCUCCAAGCUCCCAGAUUUCAAACAAACGGUGAAGCUCAAAUACGUCAAGCUAGGUUACCAUCACCUAAUCACUCAUGGGAUGUACCUCUUUUUAUCCCCACUAGCCCUUCUAAUCUUUGCCCAGCUAUCCACAUUCUCAGCUCAAGAUCUCCACGACCUCUGGAAUCACCAUCUGCAAUCCAACCUAAUCUCAGUAAUCCUGUGCACAACCCUUAUAGUCUUCUUUCUCACCCUCUACUUCCUAACUCGCCCUCGUGCAAUCUACCUCGUGGACUUCUCCUGUUACAAGCCUGACGACGCCAGACAAUGCACUCGCCAAAUCUUCAUGGACAGAUCGGGGUUAACAGGCACUUUCACCGAGCAAAGCCUCAAUUUCCAGCGCAAGAUCCUCGAAAGGUCCGGUCUUGGCGAGUCAACUUACCUCCCACCAGCUGUUCUCAAUGUCCCUCCUAAUCCUUGUAUGGCCGAGGCUAGGAAGGAAGCGGAAGCUGUGAUGUUCGGUGCAAUCGAUGACUUGUUCGCCAAGACUAAGGUGAAGCCUAAGGAUGUUGGCAUCUUGAUAGUGAAUUGCAGCUUGUUUAACCCUACACCGUCAUUGUCUGCCAUGGUGAUUAACCACUACAAGCUUCGUGGCAAUGUGAGAAGUUACAAUCUUGGUGGGAUGGGGUGUAGUGCUGGCUUGAUAUCGAUUGAUCUAGCGAAGGAUCUGCUUCAGGUGCAUCCGAAUUCGUAUGCUUUGGUGAUUAGUAUGGAGAACAUUACGUUGAACUGGUACUUUGGGAAUGAUAAGUCGAUGCUUCUGUCGAAUUGCUUGUUUCGGAUGGGAGGUGCUGCAAUUCUGCUGUCGAAUAAGAGGUCGGAGAGGUGGCGUGCCAAGUAUCGUUUGGUUCAUACUGUGAGGACCAACAAGGGCUCAGAUGACAAGUGCUUCUCUUGUGUUACUCAAAGGGAAGAUUCGGAAGGCAAAAUCGGGGUUUCGUUGUCGAAGGAGUUGAUGGGAGUUGCAGGGGAUGCAUUGAAGACCAACAUCACUACUUUAGGCCCGCUCGUGCUGCCAAUGUCUGAGCAACUGCUCUUCUUUGCCACAUUGAUGGCAAAGAAGCUGCUUAGGUCAAGGUGA